AUGGCAGAACAGAAACUGCCAUCAUCUCGAACUUCUUCGUCUUCUUCAACAAAUAGUAUAGUCUCUCAAACUCAGGACGAGGAAAGAGUUGACCACGAUAAAGAGAAUGUUGACAAUACCUUUUAUAAAACAACAGAAUCUACAUAUUUCACUCCUACCCAUAAACCAAAGUUAAAUUCUGCUGGUUCCGAUGGGUUCCUAAAAGUUGGACCUAGAGAGUCGCCUCUACGUCCUGCUGCCAUAUUAAAGAAAGCACGUCGACGUCUAUCUGCACAGUCUGACCAAAUAUCGUAUGAAAUGCGUCCCGUUCUCCAUCUUUUUGAUUUUUUUUUCCGAAAAACUUAUAUUGAAGGUUAUUUAUGUAAGCAAGACCAAAGUUGGCGAGACGGGCGUAAGCCCACAACUGAAGACUGGUGUGAAUUCUAUGCAGAAAUAUGUGGUUCCUCGCUCUACUUAUGGAGGGUAGCUGAUGAUAAUGAGCCACCAGGGAUAGCUAGUCCAAAUCCUACAAUCAUCAAUAUAGCAAAUUCUAGUGUGGAAAUACUGGGAAAAGUAUCAGAAAGCAUAUUAACCCGUGAACAUGUAUUUUUGCUUGAUGGUGGCGAUGGUGAUCGGUAUUAUCUUCAAACCCCAAGUUUAUCUUUACUCAAUCAAUGGGUGCUUGCAAUUCGUCUGUCAUGUUUCGAGGGAUCAAAAAUGCAGGAAGUUUUCACAGCGACGUUGUUCAGACGACCCGGAUUCAAAGAAUUCUUAUCAGGCACUCCAUUAGUAAAAGGCAAACUAGAGGGGUAUCUUCAAGUACGAUUUGCAGGAACCAAAGAAUGGCAGAAAUGUUGGGUCGUCGUAUCUGAUCACCGCGUAGAAGAAAAGAAGAAAAAAGAUUUGGCAUUUAAUAGAGGGCAAGCGACUUUCUACGAAACAAAAAAGUCAAAAAAACCUUUCAUGUCAAUGGCCAAUGUCCUGCAAGCUUAUGCUGUAUACCAAGAAUCUUCGUCGACAAUAGAGAAAACAACGUUGUUUCGUGUCGAAGGAGAUAUUUUUGCGGAAAAAUCAUCAACGGAUUCGAAACCUGGAGAUUUUGUGCUGUUAACAGCGGAAAAUUCGAGUGAAAUGGCAAAAUGGUUGGUUUCUUUUUGUGAUAGUUUUAAAUUGUAUGGUCGUCCCAAGGAAUAUUUGUAUGAUUUCAAGGAUCCAGAUUCGCCUCUUUUUGCUGUGCCAAUUGUGAAAAGUGUCACUAAAUUAUUCUUGGAUAUUUCCGAAGUUGAGCAUGUUGACAUGCAACAAUCAUUGGCUGAUGUAAAAGCAGAAUUUGCUGAGAUUCUUAGGAAAUUAUAUCAACAAAAACUUGAAAAUUCUCAAGAGGUAAAUGCCGAAAAUGAAUUUGAUCACGCUCAACCUGCUGCGCGAAGUUCACGAAAAUCAAGUGGUUCAAUACCACCGCAAAUUGUUACGAACGGGCUCUCUGAUAGUUCUUCGCGGCAAAGAGGAUUUUCUAACGAAUCAGUGUCUUCUACACAGAGUUCAGGGUCGUCAGCUUCAGCAAGAUCGGGACAGCAAUCAUCAUCUCGAUCGUCUGGAUAUUUGCAACACCAUUCGCAGGGUAAAGGAUUGGGAUCGAUAAAUUCGCCUAUAUCUUAUAAAUUUAAUUUAUUUAAAGAUGCUCCAUCUUCGCCGAACACAACAUCAUCUUUAAAUGGUGAGAAAAGAGAAAGUCGACUCUCUGCUAUGGCACAGAAGCCUCGAAAGGAGAAAACCGGACGUCACAAGCAAGUGCCUAGCAGUGAGGAGGAUGAUUCUGAAGAGGAAGAAUCAAAUAAUACAGAAACUGAUACGGAUUCGGAAGUCGAUGACCCUACGCUACUGAAAAAUACACAAGCGAAUGCCAAAAUUACCAUAGCUGAUGACGUAAAAUUGGAUUCAUUAGAAGAAAAUAAAAAUGAAAAAGAUGAACAUCUUCAAUUCGGUGAUACUUCCCUUGAAAAUUUGGGUAGUGCUGAUCUUAUGUCAGAGAUAUUGACGGCAAUUGAUGAACGUAAAGAAGAGGAAGUGCCUGCACAAUUAUCACCGUCAUCAAAGAGACCAAAACCAAAACCUAAAAGAACAGUGUCAUUUAAAAACCCGCCACCUAAUCCAAAAAAGAAAUCCAAAAUACGAGUAUCUCCCCUUCCAUCAGAUAGCGAAGAGGAAGAAGAUGAUACGGAAGAAAGCGUAACGGAUAGUGAAGAAAGUCAAGAUGAACAAAAAGAGGAGCCAGAGGAAGUUGUCGAUGUAGUUAAAUCCUCAAAAGUAAACAAGAAAAAAUCGAGCAAAUUAAAUUCGCCUUCAUCUUCAAAUUUUGGCGCUAAUUUGCCAACCACCACCAAAGAUGUCGGCAAAGGUAAAAAGAAAAAAGUCAAGGUAGCACCUAAACCAUCUGAUAGCGAAGACGAUGAAGAGGAAAAAUCACCGAAAGUAAUCCCGCCUCAAUUGUCAGCGCGGCCUAGGCCACGUGAAUUGAUUUCCCGCCAAGACUAUGAAGAAGUUCGACAAUAUUCUGGCGACUAUCGACAGAAUUCCCCGCACGGACAAUAUGGUUAUAUGUCACCAAAAGCUCCGUAUGCGGAUCGUUCACCUCAAUAUUCUCCUAAAAGUCCAAACUAUCCAUAUUCAUCUGAUCGAAAUUAUUAUCCUACAUCACAAUCUAUUCAGCCAAUAGCUCGUGGACGCGCCAAAGAUGAAUAUUCAUCUGAUGUUAAGGAUGACCAUGUCCCACUAGGACGUGCAUCUAUACGCAGUCGUCAGCAACCGGCUCAAGCUUAUAAACCAGAAGAAACAACGUCAAGGGGACGAUCGAAGGGUAAGAAACCGAUGAAAAAAGUGAGCGCAAUUGUAGAUAGUUUGGAGGAAUCAUCCGAGUCUGACGAAGUUGAUUACGAGAGUGCAAUUGAAGAAAGUGAUAAUGAUGAAUCUAAUAAUAAAGAUUCGGAUAGUGCAUCUCCUGCUAAGGGAAAAACAAAAGCCACUGAUAAAAUAGAUCAAAUUGUGACAGACAAUUUUGAUAGUGAAUCCUCAAAUGAAUCCUCAAAAUCGGAAAACGAAGACGAUGCAGAUUUAAUGACCAAACCACGAAGGGUUUUCAAACCUACUAAGCAAAGUGACAAGAGAAAAAAUGCUGGUAAACCAAAAACAAGACCCCGUAAUUCCAGUGAAGGAAGUAGUAACUCAUCUAUUUCACACACAUCAUCUCAAGAACCUCUUGUCAUGCUUGUAACAGAUUCUGGUGAAGGUGCCAUACCUCCUUAUACGAGGGGUUAUGCUAAUACACCUCCGAGGUCAGUGUCUCCAAAUAACCAAUAUUGGGAAAACGAAUACGGUGAUCCUCGAGGUGUUGGCAAUUUUGCUGCGUUAGGGGAAAAUCGUCGAAACUCGUUAAUGCCACCUCGCGAUUAUUAUGAAGAGGAUCGUACUAAUCCAAUAGGAGGGCGUCCUAGAUCAAUUGUUAAUCCUACAGGGCGAAGACGUACAAGCGGUGGCCAAGUAGACUAUAUGCGCGAGCAACGUGAUUCUUAUUAUGAAGACGAAUAUUAUGAUGAACGUGGAUUUGAGCCACGACCAACGUUAUUAGGCGCCUUAUCACAACAACUUUCUGCACGUGAACAAGAAUAUUUGGCUCGAGAAACAGGAGCACCACUUAUUCAAUUGGAGGAACGACAAAAGGAUCCGCAGUAUGGAUUAGUUGGAGCAAUUACUGCCCGAGAAAGACAACGUAAAAUAGGCAGACAGGUUGAAUAUGAUCGAGAACUGGCACUUGAAAAGGAACGUGAACGCCGAUUAAUGGAACAGCGACAACAAUUAUUAGCGGGCGAAAGAGAAUACGCAUAUACCAGACAAUAUGGACCUCCCUCACCAAUAGGAGGGGAUUCAAGACCGUCAAGCAGAUUUUAUGGCAAUCAACAAUAUUUGGAUACUGGAAGUGGCCCCAAUUCUCGCCGAGGUUCUUACUAUGAAAGUUAUGGAUCCUAUGAAGAAGAUGAAGACGAUGAUGUUCCGUUGGCGGUUGCACCUCCAUCUCCGGUGCCUCGACAAAUGCGCGGCGCUAGAGUAGGAGGAUCUCGUCGAAGGGAUACCGAAUAA